AUGCGUCACGAGAUCAGAUUUCGUAAACAGUCAGGUGAUCAGCAAAAGCGAGUGCAGACAAUUUCAUUUCUUGAUCAUUCCCAGCAUUAUCAUCCUUCCAAAACAGCAGUCGCUUUGCUCGGAAAAGAUGGCUAAUUUAGGGGUAUCUGUGGCACUGUUUCUAGUAUUUGCCAUUUUUGGAAGUGCUUGUGCUUCUUCCAACGUUCCAGUUUUCGUCUGGGGCAAACCAUCUGUUACGUAUGUUCCGGCUCUCAGCCGCUAUUCAAGCUCGGAGUUUGCAGCGCUGGUGGAAGCUCAAAUAGAUGAAAACACGUUCACGGUUGUGUUUGCGGAAGAACGACUCUCGGCGGAAGAUCUCAGCCAGUGCAAGCUGAAGACGCAAACUUGCUUCAAGAAUUUACAGAAGCUGGAACGUAAGUCGUAUCUUCCGAGUGUUGAAGAGCCACUCAGCGUGCUGGAGGGUUCAAACGCCCAGAGCGUACAGCUUCUGUCCGAUGGAUCACUCAGCGAACGGAUCGUCCCACAGGCGGGAGGAAUUGUGGUGGUAAAUCUGUCAGGUGGUGAUUUCGCGUCACAUGAUGCCGUUAUCGACGCCUUGUACACGCGUCUACACAAUGCGCACCCGAACAUUGUGGCCAUCUACACUGCGAAAACUCCAUCGUUCAGCUAUUCCAGCUUGGUACGUAAGACUCGUCAAACCGAAGAACCGGAACCUACCAAGGAGGUACUUAAGACCGAUGGAUUCCUGAUGGUGUACGAAAACUUCCUAUUCGGUCAAGCCGACGCUGCCGAACUAACGUCCGCCAAGCUGAUGCAAGCUGUCAGGGUCGAAAAUACCACCACCGAUUCUAUGCAAAUUCGUCUGACUGGAACAAGUGCACAGGUGGAUCUGUUCUUCCUGCUGACCCAAGGCUCGUGGGAAAUCACAGGAGUGUGGUUCGACAAUCAGGAGUACUACCUGCGCCAUCGGGUGCACGUUAACCAACACUUCUCGUACAGCUGCAACCAGUGGGAAUACUAUUCGUUCGAUUUGCAGAAGAAAAUUGUCUUCGAAGAAGUGCAAGUGCAACCGUUCUGGCCAAACGCAGAGGGCGGCGAACCAGUGUCGAACGAAAAGUUCGGUGACGCAUGGUACUGCGUAGGAUUUACUAGCGGUGGCAUCCUAUCCGGCCUGUUCCUGGUGCUUAUUUUCAUCAUCAUUGGUUCGUACGGCAUCACCUGGAUGAUGGAUAUCCGUACUAUGGAUCGUUUCGAUGAUCCGAAGGGUAAAACAAUUACCGUGAAUACCGCUGAAUAAAACAGUUGCGAUGGCAAUUAUACGCGGCCUUCGUAGUAGUACAUCCGUUGGGCGGUGGCCUGAUUCUGUGCCUACAACGUUUGCACUGGGAAUGAUACAGAAAAGAAAUACAUAAGCCAUUCCGGUUAGAGCACUUUAA